AUUCAUUGAAUAAAAUUUACAUAUAAGUGGACCUUCACAGUUCAAACCUGUGCUGUUCAAGGGUCAACUAUAAUUAUGAAUUUCAGCCACCUUUGAAGACAAUAUGCUAGAAUCUACUUUAUAGUAUUUUACUGAUCUUAAUGAAUUAAGGAAUAAGAGUAUCUAUCUUCCAAAAAUACAUUGCUAUGUAAACAGUGAGGCUGAAUGCAAUGCAUUUGAAGCAAUGCAAUAUUGAUAUUGAUAGCUAGGAACUACCUACAUGUCAUGCUGACAUGUAGAUGUUAGGUGCUGUUUUCUCUGUGUGAAAAAGAACUUUCUGUUAACUGAAAGAUAAAUUGAGUUUCUUUAAUUUAUUUGAGUCAGACCUGAAUGUGAAGAUGAUGUAAAAAUAAUUUGUGUCACUGUUUUCAGCUUUGUUUGGAGAUAUAUAACAUGCUAUGUGUGUAUUUAUAUAACAUAGAAGAGACAUAUAAGAAACAUUCUAUUACCACAUUCUAUACUGGUACAAUGAAGGUUCUCCCAUUUAAAUAAGAUUUUGUUGUUGUUGUUGUUUAGCUAAGUGCUCCAAAUAUGUAUGAUUUGGUCAUUAUGAAUUCUCUUCCAAGAAAAAUCUUGUUUAGCAAGUGCUUUCUUUGUACUGCCAUUCUCUAAAAGAAUUUAAUUUAGGCAGAUUAGUGGCAGGCUAAUUGACAGAGCUGUAGUUCUGUUUUUCAAAGGUUCUUUCUGUUCUGCAAUCAAGAAACAGUUUUUCUUUAACUCCCCACCUUUCCCUAUCUCAAGCAAUGCAGUUUUCUCCAUGUCUCUGGGAAAAAAUCACUUAAAUUCUCAAAUCACUGGUACAAAACAACAAAAUAAUUUAGUAGCUGGGAGAAUUAAGAGUUUGAUCUUCUUGAGACAUACAUUGAAGGCAUAUCUUUUGCUAAUUCAUGUCAGAGUUGUAUUUUGGGUAAUUUGUGAAUUUAUAUUUGUUAGUUUUGGCUAAUACUAUUAAGUUUGUAUCAUAGAUAGCUGUGUAAUUAGGCAAAUAAAAUCUAUUUUUAACAUAGUUUAAAAGAUUCCAUGCUUAUGUAUCUUUAUUUACUUAUUUAGUAAGUAGUUACUGAGUACCUUCUGUGUGCCAGGCAUUGGGCUAAAGUGGCCAAAAUGCUGAUCCAUGCAUAUAAAAUUAAAAUUUUGCAUGUGGACAAAAAUACUAAAUAUAAAUUAAAAAUCGUAGUUAGAAGGUGAUGUGUUAAGAAAAAGAUAAAAAUGUACAGCAGGUAAUGGAGAUUGGGAAUCAGAGUGCAGAGGGGCACAGGAGGAGACUGAAGUAUGAAAUAGAGUGGUUAUGGCAGGAUUCCUUUAUACAGUAAGAUUGGAGGAUAGACUUGAAGAAGGUCUCUAAUGACUAGAAUACAAGAUGAUAUCUCUACUGCUACUUGAAAGAACAGCAUUCCAGGCAGAUCCCUCUAGGACCCUGCUAAAGCAGUGGUCCUAAGGUGAGAGCAUGCAGGUUAGGAAGCCAGUGUGGCUGGAUCUGAGGGAACAAGGAGCGAGCAGUAGUAGGAGGUGGCACCAGAGAGGAAUAGGUGUCAGAUCCCAUAGACCUUGUAAGGAAUUUGGUCUUCAUCAUAAGCAAAAUAAGGAGUUACUGAAGGGUUUCUAGCUUUUUAGUGACACAGUCUGACUUACAUUCUUGCAGCUGUGUUGAUACUGGGCUUUAGGGGGAUAGGGUAGAAGUAGGGAGACAGGCUGGGAAACUUUUGCAAAAAUUGAUGCAACAAAUUAUGGUGACUUCACCAGGUUUGUACCAAUGAAGGUGGUGAGAAGUGUUUAGACUCUGGUAUAUUCUGAUGGUAGAUCUAACAAGAUUUCCUCAUGAAUUGGAUGAGCAACUAGAAGGAAAGAAUUGCCAUUAACUGAGAGACUCUUGUUUCUACUUAAAUCCCCUUAUCUAUAUUUCCAUAUUUUAAAACACUGUAAGAUUUUUUUUUUCCCGAGAAGGAAAUACCCAAGAUGAAAAUUAAUUAUACACAUGUUUGGCGUGCAGAUAAGAAACAAUUGUUUUUCUUUGGUAUAUACUUCUAGGUGUGUUUGUUUCCUUUUGUAGGAAGAGAUUUCUCUUUCUGAAUAAUGUUAGUUUUAGGCCCUAACCUAAAUAUCUAUGAGUUGUCUCUUUGGAGCAAAUAGAAAAAGAAGGGAAAAAUGGAAUUGGAGUUCAAUAAAGGAACUGCAAUACUAAAAGAAUAUAAAGGGGACAAGCACUUUAUUAUUGAUGAACUUGUAAGGUAUUAUUGACUAACUUACACUUUUUUUCCUCUUCUAUUUCUCUUAUCUUGCUCAUUGUGCUUCUUGGUAUUGUUCUCAAUAAAUCUUUUCUCAAUGAAAUUUUUGCCUAAGGCUGCCACAAACUCCAGUGGAACACCUUAAAGAAGGGAAAAUAAAACUAUUAUAAGUUUAAAUUAUUUUCCAGUAUAGAAUGGUUUUCAAUCUUUGUGCUUAUUUUUGACAUGGGAAUUUUGGGAGACAUGGUGGGGAGAGGGAAGUGGUACAAUGGGUUACUAUAGGGGAGCGUCAUUUGCACACCAUUUUCUAUAGAUUUGAAUAUUUAAGGCCUUCAUUUUUCAAGUAGAAGUUGGAGAUAUUGUCAUGAAUAAAAUAAAAAUUAAUUUAAACUGACAUCUGAGUCAAAGAAUAGUUUGUUAUUUUAUACUUAUUCAGCAAAUGGAAACUAAAAUUACAAUUCACAUGAAAACUUUUUAGACUCCAGUUUGGAUCCUCUUAAAUUUGAAUGCAUGGGAAGUACUUACAAAUGGAAUAAACAAAACUUAUAAAAGUAAAGAGUUAAAAAUGGAGAAAAUAGUACUAAAAGGAGACUAAACAUAUGGAGGGAAAGGGAGAAAGAAAUUGAAGCCCUAGGAAGAUCAGUAGAGAGUGAAGGGAAAAGAGUAGUGGUAUUAGAGGUGAUAUAAAUGAAAGUCUGCGAUGGACAAAUAAGAGACACUAGAAACAAGGUGAAUGGUAGAGAAAGACAUUGGCAUCAGAGUGUGCUUUACAGUUGGAUGAACACCAUCAAGAGAACUCAGUGAUGUAGUUCUGAGACUAGAAAGAAAAGUAAAGAGAAAGAAGCUUUGCGAUUAUAGCAUCAAUUGCAAUGUUGUUUCUGAAAUUUUCUGGACUGACCAGUUUGAAAGAAUCAAAAUAAUCUGUGGGAAUUUUUUUUUCAGUUUGAUAUGAACUGUGAGGGUCCAAAUGGUUGAAUUUUAUUAUUGGUUUUAUAUGCCUAUGAAAAAUGAAUUAUUUUGAAUUUUUACUGCUGUUCUCUUUGAAUAAUCUACAGGUCUUUAUUAGGAAUCUCAAAGUAAAAAAUUACUUUCUCUGUCCCCACUUCUCCCACAAUCUCUUCAAGACCUACGUUUAAUUCUAGAAGAAAAUUCUAUAGAUGAAUUUUGCACUAAUUUUGCACUAAAGGUGCUACCACAUAUUAUUCCUAGACCCUCAUUUAAACUUGAUAUUUGUAAAACCAAAAAAACAAUACUUUUACUCCCUACUCUGCAGACACUGGCUUUUUCUCAUUUUUAUAUAAAUUUAUUUAUAAUCAUUUAAAUAUAAUUCUGAGAGACGUAAUAUUAACAUCUAGGGAAUUGGCUUUUAUGGUGUUACUUUCUUUUUUCUUUUCUUUUUGUCGAAUGACUACAUGGAGGCCUUGAAAUGUUAAGUGAUAAAGUGAGCAAAACUUGAUUUAAACUUAGUGUCUAACCAACUUCUUAAUUCAUGGAGCACAUUGUUUUUAAAUUAAAUUUCUAUAGAAACUGCUGCCUCCUGAACCUUUGGGGAAGCAUUGUCUUUUUAGUAAAGAUUAAGAAACUUGUCAUUGAAUAAUUGAAGUUACAGAAUAUGCCUGUUAAGCCAUCACUAUACAUUUUAUGGUGAAAGCUGGGCAGCACAAUUAUCAAUAACAGUGAACUCUGUUAUUUUAGAAAUACUGUAAUUCAUAUAGGAGAAUGUGAUUUUUAAAUUUCUACAUCUGCCAGUUUUAAGUAUAGUGCCCAGAAAUGCCUUGGAUGUAGGUUGCAUUUGGUGUUCAGUAUUGUGAGGCACUAAUCAGCUAAGUACCAUAAUCCUCCUUACAGGGUACAUUCUUACUUGACCUGGAGCUAUAUACAGCUACAUAGUAACAGCGUUAAAUAAUAACCUUUUCCUUAACAGGUCCAUCACUAGAGGAUUUUAUGAUCUCAUUCUUGAAUGAUUAUUUUAUAUAUAACUUUUUAGUAAUUGAGUUUUGAAAUAAAAUGAUUGUAAACAAGUAGAGACUUUCAAAUCAUCUGAUUAAGGAUGGCUCCUAUGAUUUUGCCAGGGCUAGAAGGAUUAAAUGAAAGCACUGCCUGGCACAAUAUUGAUGUAUUUUUGUCAACAUGAUGCUUCAUGCUCGACAGAUGUGCAUUGGUUGAACAAAAGGAAAAGGAGUCCAUCAGUGUCCAGAGAUCAGAACAGAAGAUACGACCAACAGGAAGAAAGAGAGGAAUAUUCACAGUAUGCUACUUCGGAUAGCGCAAUGCCUAGAUCUCCAUCAGAUUAUGCUGAUAGGCGAUCACAACGUGAACCUCAGUUUUAUGAAGAAUCUGAUCAUUUAAAUUAUAGGGACUCCAACAGAAGAAGUCAUAGGCAUUCCAAAGAAUAUAUUGUAGAUGAUGAGGAUGUGGAAAGCAGAGAUGAAUAUGAGAGACAAAGGAGAGAGGAGGAGUACCAGGCACGCUACCGAAGUGAUCCGAAUUUGGCCCGUUAUCCAGUCAAGCCACAACCCUAUGAAGAGCAAAUGCGUAUCCAUGCUGAAGUGUCCCGAGCACGGCAUGAGAGAAGGCAUAGUGAUGUUUCUUUGGCAAAUGCCGAACUGGAAGAUUCCAGGAUUUCUAUGCUAAGGAUGGACCGACCAUCCAGGCAAAGAUCUAUAUCUGAACGUAGAGCUGCCAUGGAAAAUCAGCGAUCUUAUUCAAUGGAAAGAACUCGAGAGGCUCAGGGACCAAGUCCUUACCCACAAAGGACCACAAACCAUAGUCCUCCUACCCCUCGGAGGAGUCCAAUACCCAUUGAUAGAGCAGACAUGAGGCGUACUGACUCACUAAGGAAGCAACACCACUUAGAUCCUAGCUCUGCUGUAAGGAAAACGAAACGAGAAAAAAUGGAAACGAUGUUAAGGAAUGAUUCUCUCAGUUCAGACCAGUCAGAGUCAGUGAGACCUCCACCACCAAAGCCUCAUAAAUCAAAGAAAGGAGGUAAAAUGCGCCAGGUUUCGUUGAGCAGUUCAGAGGAGGAAUUGGCUUCCACACCUGAGUAUACAAGCUGUGAUGAUGUUGAGAUUGAAAGUGAGAGUGUAAGUGAAAAAGGGGACAGUCAAAAGGGAAAAAGAAAAACUAGUGAGCAGGCAGUUUUGUCGGACUCUAACACCAGGUCUGAGAGACAAAAGAAAAUGAUGUACUUUGGUGGCCACUCUUUGGAAGAGGAUUUGGAAUGGUCUGAACCUCAGAUUAAGGACUCUGGGGUAGAUACGUGUAGUAGCACAACCCUUAACGAGGAGCAUAGCCAUAGUGAUAAGCACCCUGUGACCUGGCAGCCAUCUAAAGAUGGAGAUCGUUUAAUUGGUCGCAUUUUAUUAAAUAAGCGUCUGAAAGAUGGAAGUGUACCUCGGGAUUCAGGAGCAAUGCUUGGCUUAAAGGUUGUAGGAGGAAAGAUGACUGAAUCAGGUCGGCUCUGUGCAUUUAUUACGAAAGUAAAAAAAGGAAGUUUAGCUGAUACUGUAGGACAUCUUAGACCAGGUGAUGAAGUAUUAGAAUGGAAUGGAAGGCUAUUGCAAGGAGCCACAUUUGAGGAAGUAUACAACAUCAUUUUGGAAUCCAAACCUGAACCACAAGUGGAGCUUGUUGUUUCAAGGCCUAUUGGAGAUAUACCUAGAAUACCUGAUAGCACACAUGCACAACUGGAGUCUAGUUCUAGUUCAUUUGAAUCUCAAAAAAUGGAUCGUCCUUCUAUUUCCGUUACCUCUCCUAUGAGUCCUGGCAUGUUGAGGGAUGUUCCACAAUUCUUAUCAGGACAACUUUCAAGCCAAAGCCUUAGUAGAAGAACAACGCCUUUUGUUCCUAGGGUUCAGAUAAAACUGUGGUUUGACAAGGUUGGUCACCAAUUAAUAGUUACAAUUUUGGGAGCAAAGGAUCUCCCUUCGAGGGAAGAUGGGAGGCCAAGGAAUCCUUAUGUUAAAAUUUACUUUCUUCCAGACAGAAGUGAUAAAAACAAGAGAAGAACUAAAACAGUAAAGAAAACAUUGGAACCCAAAUGGAACCAAACAUUCAUUUAUUCUCCAGUCCAUCGAAGAGAAUUUCGGGAACGAAUGCUGGAGAUUACUCUUUGGGAUCAAGCUCGAGUUCGGGAGGAAGAAAGUGAAUUCUUAGGAGAGAUUUUAAUUGAAUUAGAAACAGCAUUAUUAGAUGAUGAACCACACUGGUACAAACUUCAGACCCAUGAUGUCUCCUCAUUGCCACUUCCCCACCCUUCUCCAUAUAUGCCACGAAGACAACUCCAUGGAGAGAGCCCAACACGGAGGUUGCAAAGGUCAAAAAGAAUAAGUGAUAGUGAAGUCUCUGACUAUGACUGUGAUGAUGGAAUUGGUGUCGUAUCAGAUUAUCGAUACAAUGGUCGAGAUCUUCAAAGCUCAACAUUAUCAGUGCCAGAACAAGUAAUGUCAUCAAAUCAUUGUUCACCAUCAGGGUCUCCUCAUCGAGUAGAUGUUAUAGGGAGGACUAGAUCGUGGUCACCCAGUGUCCCUCCUCCACAAAGCCGGAAUGUAGAACAGGGACUUCGAGGGACACGCACUACUACUGGACAUUAUAAUACAAUUAGCCGAAUGGAUAGACAUCGUGUCACGGAUGACCAUUAUUCUCCAGAUAGAGACAGUCAUUUUCUUACUCUACCUCGCUCCAGAUACAGUCAGACCAGUGGGCAUCAUCACAGGGAUGGCAGGGAUUGUGAAGCAGCAGAUAGACAGCCAUAUCACAGAUCCAGAUCAACAGAACAACGGCCUCUCCUUGAGCGGACCACCACCCGCUCCAGAUCCACUGAACGUCCUGAUACAAACCUCAUGAGGUCGAUGCCUUCAUUAAUGACUGGAAGAUCUGCCCCUCCUUCACCUGCCUUAUCGAGGUCUCAUCCUCGUACUGGGUCUGUUCAGACAAGCCCAUCAAGUACUCCAUUGGCAGGACGAAGGGGCCGACAGCUUCCACAGCUUCCACCAAAGGGAACGUUGGAGAGAAACAAUGGAGUCAAGGAGAUAGAACCUUAUGAAGAAGAAGUGGACUCCACAAGGAGAAGAUAUGCAGGUGCUAUGGAUAUAGAGGAGAGAAAUCGCCAAAUGAAAAUUAACAAAUACAAACAGGUAGCCGGAUCAGAUCCCAGACUGGAACAAGAUUACCAUUUGAAGUAUCGAUCAGGAUGGGAUCCUCAUAGAGGGGCAGAUAACAUUUCCACUAAAUCUUCGGACAGUGAUGUAAGUGAUAUAUCUGCGGUUUCAAGGACUAGUAGUGCUUCUCGUUUCAGCAGCACAAGCUACAUGUCUGUCCAAUCAGAACGGCCAAGAGGAAACAAGAAGAUCAGACCAAAGGGCAUAGAAGAGGGAGGGAAAGAAAGGGAUAAGCUUGAAGAGAUAGUUCAUGAGAAGGAAGAGGUAAAAGAAGAAGGAAUUAAUGAGAAUGGGCAAGGGAAAGAGAUUACAAAAAUGUGUAAUGAGGAGAAAAACAGAGAAUCAGGAGACGAGGAAAAAAUACAAGAUUUACCUGAGCAAGGGAAAGAAAAAGAACAGUGGAAUAAAAAGGAUUUGCAAAGGAGAUUCUCACAAGAUGAUUCCAGUGUCUUUACAUCCAAAAUGCAAAGCAGACAAGUGAGCAUGUCAGGCAAGAACAUGACCAAAAGCACCAGCAUCAGUGGAGACAUGUGCUCGCUGGAGAAGAAUGAUGGCAGCCAGUCUGACACGGCAGUGGGUGCCUUGGGCACCAGUGGCAAAAAGCGGCGUUCUAGCAUUGGGGCCAAAAUGGUAGCUAUUGUUGGUCUCUCACGGAAAAGUCGCAGCGCUUCUCAGCUCAGCCAAACGGAAGCAGGAGGUAAAAAACUACGGAGCACUGUCCAGAGAAGUACAGAGACGGGCCUGGCAGUGGAGAUGAGGAACUGGAUGACCCGACAGGCAAGCCGGGAAUCUACAGAUGGCAGCAUGAACAGCUACAGCUCAGAAGGAAAUCUGAUUUUCCCUGGUGUCCGCUUAGCCUCUGAUAGCCAAUUCAGCGACUUUCUGGAUGGCCUUGGCCCUGCUCAGCUAGUGGGACGCCAGACUCUGGCUACACCUGCCAUGGGUGACAUUCAGGUAGGAAUGAUGGACAAAAAAGGACAGUUGGAAGUGGAGAUCAUCCGGGCCCGUGGCCUUGUUGUAAAACCAGGUUCCAAGACACUGCCAGCACCAUACGUAAAGGUGUAUCUUCUAGAUAAUGGAGUCUGCAUAGCCAAAAAGAAGACAAAAGUGGCAAGAAAAACGCUGGAACCCCUUUACCAGCAGCUAUUAUCUUUUGAAGAGAGUCCCCAAGGAAAGGUUUUACAGAUCAUCGUCUGGGGAGAUUAUGGCCGCAUGGAUCACAAAUCCUUUAUGGGAGUGGCCCAGAUACUUUUAGAUGAACUAGAGCUAUCCAAUAUGGUCAUUGGAUGGUUCAAACUUUUCCCCCCUUCCUCCCUAGUAGAUCCAACCUUGGCCCCUCUGACAAGAAGAGCUUCCCAGUCAUCUCUGGAAAGUUCAACUGGACCUUCUUACUCCCGUUCAUAGCAGCUGUAAAACUGUUGUCACAGCAACCAGCGUUACAAAAAAAAAAAAAA